AUGAAUCCAGAUCAUCUUCAGCUUGCAAAGAAAAAAUGCGAAGAACUCUUGGAAUUUGAUGUAAUAGUGCCAUCAGAUUCACAAUGGGCAUGCGAAGCGUUUUAUGUCACAAAAGAGCUGAGCAGACAAGAGGAAAACUCAGAAUGUAAGAAGAUACUGCAAACUGAUGCCAGCAAUAAAUAUUGGAGUGUCAUUCUAUUUGAAGAAAAAGAUGGCCGGAGAAAAAUAUGCGGAUAUGCCAGCGGAAAGUUCAAAGAUGCCGAGCAACAUUACCACUCCACUUUCAAGGGAAUUCUUACAGUAAAGAAUGGAAUCAAGAAAUUCAAUUUCUUCCUCAUUCACACAGAAGUUCUAAUAGAGAUGGAUAUGAAGGCCUUCCCAAAGAUGAUCCAGAUAAAUGCAAAAAUUAUUCCCAAUCCUCAGAUUCUCAGAUGGGCUCAAUGGUUCUCUCCAUACAAAUUUCAAGUCAAGCACCUGAAAGGAAAGGAUAAUAUUCUCACAGAUUUUCAGUCUCGGCCGUAA